GCAAACAGACGGAUUGCAUUCCUAAACACACGACAGAACAAUACAGGCGACACACCUUCGCGGUGUGAGGGUAAAGGGGAUAUCGCAAUGCGCUGAAGCCCUAAGCCUCAUCAUUUUCACCGCACCCAAAGCCUUUAUGUCAACUUUCGCCUUUUAAUUGUCUCGCGCGCUCUGUGGUGUGGUGAUAUUGCAAUUGAAAUUGCAGUUUGAUUUUUUUUUUUUUCCCAUAAACGCCGUUAGUCCAUAAAUUAUCUAAUACAACGCGCCAAACAUGGCCCAAGGCUUGCUUCUCAUUACUGGAUUCUUUUCUGUGGUGAUGUUUGGAUGUGCCGAGUCUUGCAUUCCACAUUCCAUUGAGGAGCAACUACCGGAGGUCCUAACGGUUGGCUAUGUGUUUUUGAAAGUCGAUCUGGAUCCUUGUGACAUCAAGGUGGUGCAGGUCACAACGAGCAAUUCAGACUUCAGUGCACAAACAGACGGGAAUGUCAUCACGCUCAGCGUGGCUGCGGUACCUCUCAGAGAGAAGACCUUCUCAGUUUUCAUCCAUGAUCAGAGUGACCAGAUCAAAAAAGUGGAUGUUAACCUUGUCGAGAAGAGCAAAGGCCGGAGACGCACUAAAAGACGUUGGAGUAUGCUGCCCUUCAACAUAAAAGAAAAUGAUGUUCCUCCUUUUCCAAAGGAAAUUGAUUUGGUGGCCUCUGACUCCUCCGUGAAUUAUUCCGUUUACUACAGGAUCAGUGGGCCAGGGGUCACCGAGCCCCCUAUUGGUCUGUUCUCUGUCAAUUCUGAAACAGGAAUGCUUAAAGUACACAGGCCCGUUGACCGCGAACAGUAUGCACAAUUCAUAUUUCAGGCGAAAGUGUUUGACAGGCGCACUCAUAAGCAGACGGAUCUACCACUUCCCCUAACAGUUAAUGUGGAGGAUGAGAAUGACAAUGCCCCAGAGUUCUCUGGGUCGCUUCAGUUCUCUGUGAUGGAACAAUGCAGCACAGGAACUCUAAUUGGGAAAAUAAACGCCACCGACAGAGAUGAUCCGGAGACUGAUCACACAAAGAUCAAAUACACGCUCCUCACUGGAGCUGACCUGUUCCUCAUUCACUCUGCAACUGGAGUCAUUACCACAAAAACAGCAGCUCUUGACAGGGAGGUACAGGACAAACACUUGGUUACGGUACAGAUCAAAGACAUGAAGGGUGCAGACAACGGCCUCUCCAGCACAGGAACGGCAACGAUUUCAUUAAGAGACAUAAACGACAACCCACCUACUUUCAGAGAGACAGCGUAUGCUGCAAAGAUCAAAGAAAAUCAAGCGGACGUCUUAAUCCUCAGAAUCCCAGUGGAUGACAAGGACGUCGAGAAGACGCCAAACUGGAACGCCGUGUUUGUGAUCAGCAAGGGGAAUGAAAACGGGAACUUCAGGAUUGACACGGAUCCCAACACUAACGAGGGACUUCUCUAUGUCGUUAAGCCUCUGGAUCACGAGAUCAGCAAGAACGUCCUACUGGAGGUGUCGGCCCAGAACGAGGCCCCUCUCGUGGGCACCAAAGCCACCUGGGCCUCGAUCCCGGUGGAUGUCACCGUGGGAGACGAGGAUGAAGGCCCGGAGUUCACAACCCCAACCCUGCUCCUCCGUGUGAAGGAGGACGUGGCCAAUGGGACGCUGAUCGGGACCUACACAGCUGUUGACCCGGAAACGAAAAGCAGCAAAGGCAUAAAGUAUUUUAAGUUGUCAGACCCUGCCUCGUGGAUUAAUGUAAACGAAACCACAGGAGGUCUGACAGUCAUAAGCGCAGUGGACAGAGAAUCUCCCUUUGUAACGGACAACAUGUAUAACAUCACGGUGAAAGCGGUCGAUCAGAGUUCAAAAACAGGCACUGGGACUGUGCUGAUUCAGAUUGAGGAUCUGAAUGACAAUGAACCCAAUAUCCCGGUGAAAGACAUGAUACUUUGUGAAAAGGAUGGUGAGACAGGCUCAGUGCUGGUGGAGGCUGAGGACAAGGAUCAACACCCCUUUUCUGGUCCCUUCACCUUUGAACUUGGAGAUGGUCAUGAUGGGAAAUGGAAGCUAAAAGACAUUAAAGAGACCUCCGUGGUGCUUGAACAAACCAGGGACCUCCCGACAGGGCAGUACACCAUUCCCCUGUUGGUGAAGGACCUGCAGAGCUUGGGGAAAGUCCAGACGGUGAUGGUGCGGAUCUGCCAGUGCAGCGGCGGGGAGUGUGUUGCUCAGCAGAGCUCAACGGCUCUGGGCGUGUGGGGGAUCCUUGCCAUUUUGCUGGCAUUGGCUUUAUUACUGCUGCUUUGUAUUUUCUUCACAUUUGCCUGCACUACAGAGAAAGAGAAAAUAUAUCUUGAUGACUCAAGCAUUGGUAUGCUUUUGAAAUCCAACACAGAGGCUCCGGGAGAGGAAGGGAAGAGCAGCAACAUUGUAAUCGUGCCGACCACCGCGGUGGACAACUCUCUGAAGGGGGCCUUCAUCGACAGACAGGGAACCUUGACUUCGGGCACGCUCAGAAGGCAGCAGACCCUGGAGCAGAGCACGCAGCAGAGUAUCUAUAAAACCUCUGGCAGGGAUUUCAUCAUGACAGACUCUCAGAAUGUUUACAGCUCGGGGCAUUACAGUGGCGCCACCUACGCCGAAGGAGGACAGCUUAAAUACUCUGAAUUUUCCUCUCUGGAUACCUGGAAGACCAACGGCUUAUAUCUAGACAAGAAAUUGACUUUCUUCGUGACGGAGGAGGAGGGGCGCUUUGCGGACGACCUCCUCCACACAUAUGGCUACGAGGGAGUGGGUUCUCCGGCCGGCUCUGUGGGGUGCUGCAGCGACCAGGGGGGGGAUGAGGACCUGGCCUUCUUAGACACCCUGGGACCCAAGUUCAGAACGCUGGCCGAAGUCUGUGCUGAGAAAUGAGGGCCCUCACAGAUGCAGUCUUUGCUCUAUUGGUUUAAUACUGUAAGUGGAGUGAAAAACACUCAGAGACAACCAAAACUCACUGUGUUGUAUUAACAAUGUACCCAGGGUAAAAAUACCCUCUCAGAGUAGUCCAUUGUAUUAAUACCCUACCGAAGGUAGAAACGGCUACGAAAAGACAGAGGCUCACACUGCACAGUGUUUUGAGUGUGUUGUGGUCGAUUUUCAUGAAUGAGUAUAUUACAGGGCUAGCCCAUAUUUCUUUUCUUGUGGGUGUGAAUGCGCAAUCAUUCACCAGUUAUGAACAAAACCAGAACAAAACCACAGCCCUGGGCUCUUUUACUUGCCCCUUAUAUGAUUUAAAAGUCCUAAUAUUUUGUACAUGCAUGUGUGAAGUUGCAAUAGAUGCAUUGUAUAUGUUCAAUGUGCCAAACCUCUAAGUGAAACUAAUGGAUAUGAAAAUCAGUAUAAUUUCUGGGGAUGUAUAGUUAGUUACAUUUAAUGCAAAGUGCCUUUUCUACUGCUUUGUCCUUGAACUGAAUAGUUUGUUAUUUGAAAUUAGUUUUUGAAAUGUUUUUAUAUAGAGUCAAUAACUGUGAAACCCUAAGUGGGGCAGUGCCUUUAAUGGACAUUGGAUGAUACUCAGUGCCAGAAGUAUUGCUUUUCAAAAUUUUUCAUUAACCAUGCAAACUGACACCGUGAUAUCGACGCACUGCAAUCAUAUGCUCACCUCCUUAAGUGGUCUUCUGGGAUCUGCCAAGAAAAUGUAUUUUUUUUUCUGUAUAAAGUAUUGCAUAUAAUUGUGUGUGCUGGUUUGAAUGUGAAGGAAUUUAGGGUGUUUGUAUUUUUUUAACAGGAGUGAAUGAAGAUUGCAUUUUCACAUGCAUUUUCAUGCCUUCUGGGGGCAUGUGCCAUUUGCUGUAUUAGAGAUGCUCUGUCACACUAGCAAACUUGUAGAAACAAAUACACUAUGUGUAAUCCAUCUUAUCAGAAAUGUUGAUAAACGUGGUUUGUUCUGCCAAAGGAAGGAUUGCUCUAACAUUCACAGUGCCGUUUUAGAGACUGUCAGAAAAAGCGUUUCUCGUUUGUUUUCUUUCUAAAACCGUACACUCUUUCUCUGACAACUCAGAGAGGUAUCUCAUGCAACUCUUCAUGCUAGCACUUGUGCCAUACUGGUUGCUGCAGGUGUCAUUGCCCUGUUGUAUAACAGAGGGUUAAGUAAACUGUUGGUUAAAACAGGGUUGCACAAGAUGGUGACCUUGAGAGAGCAUUCCCUCCCUGACUCAGAACGUUUGUGCCUGUUUUUACAUUCUACAGAUGUUGUACCAGAUACCUGAGCUGAAGUCACAUUGCUUACAGGCUGCGGCACACUCACAAAUAAAUAGUGUUUUUGUGUGACGAAUGUCCCGUCGAACAAGUGCACCAUUGUUCACAUGACUGACUCACUCUUGCCCAGGACAUGUUGGUGAAAGUGUCUUCCUUAGGUUGAUCUUAUUGGGAAGAUCGGUUAAGUUUUGGAAUUUCUUGGAACAGGUUAUUUUCGAGCGAGAACCUGUCUCAUGAACAACUCGCAGGCAUUUUAUGUUAAAGACAGGACUGCAUUGUUUCAGAGUGGUUUGCAACCCACAACAUGUGCGCACACACACACAAGCACACACACACACACAAUAGCAAUGCAACAGUGCUUAU